AUGAUGCCAUCGUUGAUCGUCAACAAUGACUUUCGCGUCGAAUCGGAGGACACCGAUGAUGUGAAGCGACGCGAUCCGGUCACUCAGACGCUCAUCGACAACAACCAUCCGAUUCAGACGGUUCAGUUGUCGCUCACGGAGCUUCUCGACGACGCGCGAAUCGACGCCGCCGACGAUGGCGACGCGUUGGUGAUUGCCGACGAAUCGCUUCCGAUCGACAACAACUCGACACUCGAUGGCGAGGAAUCCGACGACGUCAUCGCCGCCGAAUCCGACGACGACGUUGAUGUGAUUCCGUGCGAGCCGACGAUGGAACUCGCGAUUCAACGCAAACGCAAAUCGGCGUCGAGCGAUUCGAUGAAGCUCAAACGUUGCUGUCCCCUAAUUUAUUCGACGUCGUGCCCUUCGACGUCGUCGGAUGACGUCGAUUCAUCGCCGCCGUCGGCUUCACCGCCAGCCGACGACUCGACGGAUCUCGAUGAAGAGUACUCGCCGCCAAAUGAUGAUGUUGACAAGGAGCAUCCGCUCAUCGAGACGCUCAAACCGCCCGCUAAGGAGCCUUGA